CCCUGGCUCAGGCGAAGAAAUUUUUGUUAAACCCACUUUUACAGUCUGGAGGAAAACAAAAGUGAAAACCAUUUAAAAUACGGAGAUAUGUCAUCCAAUCUUUCGCGAGGGAGAUCCUCAUGCGAAAAUCCUGAAAGAACAAGUGAUUGGUCAGCAGAUAAAGUGUGUAACGAUCUCAACGUUACACUUAAAUAUAAUGACGAUCCACGUUCUGUUUUCUUGAUCGGAUAUCUCGAAUUAAUAGGGCAAAAUAUCAAACUUAUCGAAUAUAUGAAAAACCAUUUUGAAUCUCCGGAUCAGGAAUAUAAAACAAAACACGAAUGUUUCCAGUUUGCAUUAAACACAUGGAAAGACAUGGUGAUAGACAGCGAAUUUAUUAAUGAUAUUGAGGUUUCAAGUGCCAUAACAAUGAACAAUGCAUUAGACAAACCAUUUGAAAAAUCUUCUCUGUAUCAUGACUUUGUAGAGCCAAAAGAGAAGAAACAGGCAGCAGACAAUGGUGAACAAUUAGCAUUACUUAGAAGUACUUGUCAGAAAAUAUUUGCAAAACUGAAAGUUUUUUCCGAUCAGUUGCUGUUUGUUAUGGACAAUUUAGGAAAUCCAUCAGAGAAAAUGUUCAAGGAUCUUUUCAUGGCAUUUGUAAGGAUAUUUGACCUAAAAAUUUUUGACACAACAAACACUCCAGGCUGCAGGUAUUUAUUACACCAUGGAGAGCAUACUGUUACAUCAAUACCAGGUGCUGUAAUGAGUAGCUACACAGCUGGAACAGGUGCAAUUACAUCAAAACUUGUGUCAAGAGUCGUUGCUGUUGUUGAGGUAAGAAAGGAGUGCAGUCAUUCACCAGACCAGGAUUCUGAAUCAUCACCAGAAGCCAAGAAAAUAAGACUAGGAAGCAGACAAACAAACAGUAUUGCUGAAAAUGUACAUACAAGAUUAAAAGGACAACAUAUUGGAGAUAUGUUAGCUGUUACUCAGUCUGCAGCAUCUGUCUUUGACUUCAAUGGAAUAUUUGGAUUUAUCAUCCAGGGAACGAAGGUAACAUUUGUUUCACUACAAAGCAGUAAGGAGUACUUUGCCAAUCUUCUGAAAAAGGACAAAACAAAAAAUGUUUGGGCCGAUGUGAGAUACAGUAAAGAAUGUAACUUGUUAACAAAGGAAGGAAGAAAGGAUCUCAUCCCUGUUUUGUUAGGCAUAGAAAAAUUGGUGAUGCAGACUGUUUGAGAAAUGAACCCAGAAUAGCUAGAAGCACUGACAGAAAGCAAAGAUCUGCUUGAACAGACAACAUGUAUUCAGUACAGUAAAUCAUGUGACAUGUAUUCAGUACAGUAAAUCAUGUGACAUGUUUUCAGUACAGUAAAUCAUGUGACAUAAUGAAGACAGGGAUCAAUUGUACACAGCUUUCAUAAUUAACAAUUUCAGAUAGAAUAUCUGCUCAAAAGAAAGUUGCAUCAGGGGAUACAGUUAUGGAACAGUGCAUCUCUCUGUGUUUAUGUGUGUGUGGAGGGACAUAUCGUUAAUUUCUCAUCAUAUUUUGUUGACAUAAUCACCUGGAGGAGAUCAAAAGUCAAGCAGAGGUUGAAGGUUAAAACCGUGUCAUAUUCUAGGACUUAUCCACAUGGUUAAUCUUCACCCGACUUGGCAUACUUAAUAUCUCUUAUUUAUUUAUAUUCCCCCUCUAAAGAAAAAGGGGUAUACUGUUUUACCCUUUUUUUUAAGUCUGUCCCUCUGUCCGUUUAUUCCAUGAAAUUUCCUUUGCAAUUUUCUCAGGAAGGACAAAGCAUUCUUUACUUGUUAACUUCCUGUUUCACAAAUACUUGUACAUAUAUAUUAAAAAGAGAAUUUUUCAAAAUUUUCUAACAAACUACAAUUCAGAGCUUUCUGAAAUUUGUUAUCAGGCUUCAUGUGACAUGGUUUCAGAUUUAUUGCUUAUCAACUUUCUGUUUACAGAAUACUUAUAUAUUCUUAACACAAUGGCCAUGUAUGAAAUUUUCGUCACAUAUUUACAGGGCAGUACAAAUCAGAGCUCCUAAAAUUUGUUAUCAGGCUGCAUAUCAGCAUGCAAUACUGUGUGUCACAGUUUCAGAUUUAUUGCUCAGUAACAACCUUAGACCUCAGUUAGGCAUAUCACAUGACAGCACAUGUUCUAUUUACCUGAUGAGGUUUACCUGAUGCUGAUUGGAUUUAAUCUAUUUUAAUUGAUAUGGAUGUGAUUCUGGUGAAGAUUACCCAAUAAUAAUCAUUUUAUAUAUGAUGGUAAUGCAUUGGAGAUAGUUAACAAAUUGACUUACCUUGGGUUGAAUUUUUCAAGAAUAGGUAGCUUUAUGAUUGCUAAGAAAAUUUUAGUUGGAAAAGCAAAUAAAGCAAUUUAUCCUGCAAUCAGCUAACUAUUGUACAAAUAACAGGUACACAGAUAAAUUUUUCCGACAAUGUACAUAUAUUGUAUAUGUACGAAGUAUUGAAAAAGGGGAGGUUGCACAACUUAUCAGUGUAAUCUCAAUAUGAUCUCUUUGAUAAAAUUGUGAAGCCAAUCCUAAAUGGAUGUGAGAUUUGGGGUUUCAGUAAUACUGAUAUUAUAGAAAGAGUGCAUUUGAAAUUUUAUAAAUUUUUAUUAAAUCUUAAGAAGUCGACACCUAAUUUUAUGAUUUAUGGUGAACGUGGUAUUUAUCCCAUAUCUUUAUAUAUACAGCUGUGUAUGGUUAAUUUUUG